UAUCAAAAUAUUUAUAAAUUAUUAUAAUUAGUUUAUUUACAAGUGUGGUUUAAAAAACUCUGUUAAAAUUUAGAACUAAUUUGGUUUGUGUCCUUUAUACCGCUUCUCUUUAAAGGAAGUUGAGUGUUAUUGUUACAACACAGCGCGACCCGAACAACAGUAAAGAGUCCUAUUCGUUAAUAUAUCGUAAAGAAACAUAGAAGAAGUUGAAAUGCACGAAGAGAUUCUUUUGACACUUGUAGAUGACGAACUUCAAAAUGCAGGUAAUGACUUUCAGUUUGUUGAAGAUAUACGAACUGGCAGGUAUAUGAAGUUACUAACAACAUCAAAAUGUGAAGAAGUUUACUGCCAGUACUUAGAUAACAGUUGUGAUGAUGUUUCCUUAGAUGCUUUAUUAGAGAAAUCUGUGAAGGCAUACAUGGACCACAGCUGUACAACACCAAGACAGCAGCUGGAAGUUCUCUGUAUGGGUAUAGCCAGUCUACAAGCGUUUGUGCAGAGCAACUGGACAGGCCCACCGCUGGAGAGGGACUCGGCCCCAGGGUCGUCUGUCAUAUGUUGGCUGCAGUCUUGGUAUGAAGGUAGCGCAAUGAAUAAGAGGCAGUUGCAAGAUGAGGUGACUGCAUGUUUGGUUCUUGAUGGAGAGAGCUGCUGUCCACUCAUGAGUCAUCCAGAACUGUUGUUGUUGUCACGUGUCUGUCUGCAGGUCUGCUGUGAUAGGCCACAGCCUCUGCUGAGUAGCCAGUGGUGGCUAUUGCGAUGCUUGUUUAUUCACCAACAAGUCCUGGAUGAGGUUUCUCCUACACUCCACAAGCGUGUUACAUCACUGUUGGAAGAAUUAGUGAGAUGUGAACCUCUGAUGACCAAGGAGCAUAAUCAGAUCUUAUUCCAUCUGGAGGCUGCACGGAUUCAUCUCUUCUACAGGCAUGUUGCCAAGUCUCAGGAGCACUGCAAGAUGGCACUGAAGGCAGCAAACAUGAAGGUGGAACUCACUGGUGCACUUGGUAAGAAGACACGGUUCCAAACAAAGGAGGUGGCCCAACUUACUGUCAGAGUAUCUGUGGCAGAGAACAACAGGACAAGUGUGAUCCCCACAGUUCAACCAGAACACUUCCCUAAGAAGUCACAGCCCAGAGAUGAACUAGCAGAUGAAGAGUUGAUACCUUAUUUAAUGUGUCUGUUGUCCCUGCCUCUUGCAUGGAGCCUGCAGAUGUCAGCACUCUUGCAACGCUGCCAUCUCGAGGGUCAUAAUUCUCGUACUGUGGAGAGAGCUGUGAUGCAGACAGAGGAGUUGGUACACUGUCUCGCUAAAGAAAAGCCAGAUGCCGUAUCAAGACAUCAUUACUUUUAUUGUUCACAUCUGCCACCUCGGUGGAAAGUUGAAACUGAAUUGGCAAACCUGUUGCUUUCUAUUGGUGUUGUGAAGAGUGCAUUGGACAUCUUCCUGCGACUACAGCUUUGGGAAGAAGUCAUCAUGUGCUACAACUUGCUUCAGCUUAGGCAUAAGGCUGCUGAAAUAAUACAACAGCAACUGGAUAAGGAAGAGACGGUAAAGCUGUGGUGCUUACUGGGAGACGCUACAGAUAACCCACUGCACUAUGAGAAGGCAUGGGACUUGUCGGGCCACAAGAGUGCGCGUGCUCAACGCCACUGGGCACUUUACUACUACAACAGGAAGCAGUAUGCUGAGAGUAUUCCUCACAUUCAGGAGUCACUCGCCAUCAACAGCCUGCAGGUUACUCUGUGGUUUCACCUGGGAUACGCUGCUCUGCAUGAAGAGGACUGGUCCCUAUGUGCCACAGCUUAUCAGCGAUACUGCUCACUGGAUCCAGAGAGUUUUGAAGCUUGGAACAACCUGUCAAAAGCAUAUGUGAAGAUGAACCAGAAGCACCGAGCAUGGUUGACACUGCAAGAAUCUCUCAAGUGGAAUUAUGAGAACUGGAGAGUGUGGGACAAUUACAUGGUUGUGAGCACAGAUGUCGGCAGGUUCCAUGAGGUGAUUCAUGCUUACAAUAGGAUUCUUGACCUGAAAGAGAAGCAUGUUGAUAUUGAAGUGCUGCAGAUACUGGUGAAUGCUGCCUGCAGCAUGGAUGCUCAAGGGAACAUCAAGAAGGGGGCUGAGCAGUUGCUCACACGGCUUACACAGCAGGUGAGGAACAACACUGCGCUCUGGCAGCUGUUUGUAAAGCUGAUGCUGUCUAGCACAGAGAGUGAAACAUUUGAGGCACUGGAGAGAGUCUUGUCCUACCUGUACAGAGCAUUUUGGAGUGCUAUUCAGGACUCGCACUUUGAGAAGGACACCCAGGACUGUUUGGGAACCAUGCAAAUAACUUCUCAGCUGAUAGAUGCCACAUUACUGUGCUGCAGAAAAUGUCCAAGAGCAGAGAAGACAAAGCAGAUGUUGGCCUCAGCAAAACUCUGUCUGCAAACCCUUGUAGCAAGAAUCAAGAAGUUUUAUCCGGAUGUUCUGUCAAGUGGAGAAUCUCAAGGGAUAAAGUUGACAGACCCCCUAAAAUCUUUGGAGUCCAGACUACAGGAAGUUGUUGCAGAAUUGCAGAGACAGAAGGGUAGUUUAUGAUGGCUUAACAUUCUGUAUCACGGUCUCUGUUCUCAGUCAUCUCUGUGAAAUGUAUAACAGGUUAAUACCUUUUUUAAUGGAUAAUAAUAUACAAACAGAAGCCCAAAACGGCUUUAGAAAGAAUGAAUCAACUGACACAGCAAGCCAAACUUUUAUUGAAA